AUGCUGAUCUGGGCCGUCUUGUGCUAUGCCAACACGUUCGUGGAGGUGCUGAUGGGGUUGGUUCUCUCCGCGAAGCCAGAGACCAUGAUCCUCGACCUGAAGACGGAGAACCGAUCUGGUCCAGCAACGCUUUCGGACAAGAAGUGGGGCUUCGCCUUAGGCCGGCCGUGA